AUGCGCGGUCCCUCAGGGGUCCGGGGGAGUCGGCAGGGUGCGCGGUCCCUCAAGGGUCCGGGGGAGUCGGCAGGGUGCGCGGUCCCUCAAGGGUCCGGGGGAGUCGGCAGGGUGCGCGGUCCCUCAAGGGUCCGGGGGAGUCGGCAGGGUGCGCGGUCCCUCAAGGGUCCGGGGGAGUCGGCAGGGUGCGCGGUCCCUCAAGGGUCCGGGGGAGUCGGCAGGGUGCGCGGUCCCUCAAGGGUCCGGGGGAGUCGGCAGGGUGCGCGGUCCCUCAAGGGUCCGGGGGAGUCGGCAGGGUGCGCGGUCCCUCAAGGGUCCGGGGGAGUCGGCAGGGUGCGCGGUCCCUCAAGGGUCCGGGGGAGUCGGCAGGGUGCGCGGUCCCUCAAGGGUCCGGGGGAGUCGGCAGGGUGCGCGGUCCCUCAAGGGUCCGGGGGAGUCGGCAGGGUGCGCGGUCCCUCAAGGGUCCGGGGGAGUCGGCAGGGUGCGCGGUCCCUCAAGGGUCCGGGGGAGUCGGCAGGGUGCGCGGUCCCUCAAGGGUCCGGGGGAGUCGGCAGGGUGCGCGGUCCCUCAAGGGUCCGGGGGAGUCGGCAGGGUGCGCGGUCCCUCAAGGGUCCGGGGGAGUCGGCAGGGUGCGCGGUCCCUCAAGGGUCCGGGGGAGUCGGCAGGGUGCGCGGUCCCUCAAGGGUCCGGGGGAGUCGGCAGGGUGCGCGGUCCCUCAAGGGUCCGGGGGAGUCGGCAGGGUGCGCGGUCCCUCAAGGGUCCGGGGGAGUCGGCAGGGUGCGCGGUCCCUCAAGGGUCCGGGGGAGUCGGCAGGGUGCGCGGUCCCUCAAGGGUCCGGGGGAGUCGGCAGGGUGCGCGGUCCCUCAAGGGUCCGGGGGAGUCGGCAGGGUGCGCGGUCCCUCAAGGGUCCGGGGGAGUCGGCAGGGUGCGCGGUCCCUCAAGGGUCCGGGGGAGUCGGCAGGGUGCGCGGUCCCUCAAGGGUCCGGGGGAGUCGGCAGGGUGCGCGGUCCCUCAAGGGUCCGGGGGAGUCGGCAGGGUGCGCGGUCCCUCAAGGGUCCGGGGGAGUCGGCAGGGUGCGCGGUCCCUCAAGGGUCCGGGGGAGUCGGCAGGGUGCGCGGUCCCUCAAGGGUCCGGGGGAGUCGGCAGGGUGCGCGGUCCCUCAAGGGUCCGGGGGAGUCGGCAGGGUGCGCGGUCCCUCAAGGGUCCGGGGGAGUCGGCAGGGUGCGCGGUCCCUCAAGGGUCCGGGGGAGUCGGCAGGGUGCGCGGUCCCUCAAGGGUCCGGGGGAGUCGGCAGGGUGCGCGGUCCCUCAAGGGUCCGGGGGAGUCGGCGGGGUGCCUCAGGGCUGUCACAUGACAGGAUGGGGAGUGAAUACAUUCCUCCAAACCCCAAAAUAA